CUAAUCUACAAAUUCAUACAACGAAGUCAAACUACAUCAAGCAUGGCCGAUGCUCCAAUCCCUGACGAUGAGCACGGUGCAGAUCUCCAAAUGAACAUGACGGCAUCGGUGCUGUUGACGGGUCUGCCCCGCGAUGCCCAUCAGGCACUUGCUGAUGUGGAAGCUAUCGACGCUGGAAAAGUCACUGUUCGCUUUCAACCUUUACCCUCUGCGCCGAUUCUCAAAAAUCGGGUGUUCAAGGUCAGCGCGUCACAGAAGUUUGAAACAGUGGUUAAGUUCCUUCGCAAGAAGCUUGACUGCAAAGAGACAGACUCGGUGUUCUGCUAUGUCAAUAGCGUCUUUGCGCCCGGUCUGGAUGAAGGCAUGGGCGGCUUAUGGAGGUGCUUCAAAACAGAUGAUCAAUUGAUUGUCGCUUAUUCAAUGACGCCAGCAUUUGGCUGA